UCGGCAAAAGAAAACAUUUGUAUUUUUCUAUACCCUGUUUUUGAGCGUAAAACUGCAUAAAACAAAUAACAUUUCAUCUGGAGUUGAAACCACUAAGAAGCAGUUAUUAAUCGGCGCGAAAGGGGUAGAGUUUAUCGGAGCACGGCAUCAUGGAUCAGGACUAUGAGUGCAGGCUGCUCAGACAGAUAAACAUCCAAAAUGAGAAUGCCAGCCCAAUAAAAUCUUUAGGAGUGGCGCGAGCUCUGACACCCACCAGCUCCCCCCUGUCCUCCCCUAGCAAGCAUGGCGAUCGCUUCAUUCCCUCCCGGGCCGGAGCUAACUGGAGUGUCAACUUCCACCGCAUCAAUGAAAUUGAAAAGUCGCACAAUCAAAACAGGAAAACCAAAGAUGGAACAACAGACAGCAACAAAGCGGACGGCCUGGCUUACUCGGCUCUGCUGAAGAACGAGCUGCUGGGAGCGGGCAUUGAAAAAGUCCAGGACCCCCAGUCUGAAGACCGCCGCCUGCAGCCAUCUACUCCAGCCAAGAGAAGCCUUUUUAGUUAUUCUGUAAGUGCUAAGAGGGCUCUGCCUGAAGAGGAUGGAAACACCGUCUCUCCAUAUUCUCUAUCGCCUGUCAGUAGCAACAGCCAGAAACUGCUACGGUCGCCAAGGAAACCGACGCGCAAAAUUUCCAAAAUUCCUUUCAAAGUCCUGGACGCUCCAGAGCUCCAGGACGACUUCUACCUCAACUUAGUGGACUGGUCCUCUCUGAAUGUGCUCAGUGUUGGACUGGGUACCUGCGUAUACCUGUGGAGUGCCUGCACCAGCCAGGUGACCCGUCUAUGUGACCUUUCUGUAGAAGGAGAUUCUGUAACAUCAGUGGGCUGGUCAGAAAGGGGUAACCUGGUGGCGGUGGGGACUCAUAAAGGAUAUGUACAGAUUUGGGAUGCAGCAGCAGGGAAGAAACUCUCCGUACUAGAAGGACAUACAGCCAGAGUGGGUGCGUUGGCAUGGAAUGCAGACCAGCUGUCGUCUGGGAGCCGUGAUAGGGUGAUUCUGCAGCGGGACAUCAGAGCCCCACCUCUCCAGUCAGAGCGCCGACUGCAAGGACACAGACAGGAAGUGUGUGGUCUGAAGUGGAGCACAGACCACCAGUUGCUAGCGUCAGGUGGAAACGACAACAAGCUGCUUGUGUGGAACCACUCGAGUGUCCUCCCAGUGCAGCAGUACACAGAACACUUGGCCGCGGUGAAGGCCAUCGCAUGGUCCCCCCACCAGCACGGCCUGCUGGCCUCCGGAGGCGGCACCGCCGACCGAUGUAUCCGCUUUUGGAACACUCUGACCGGCCAGCCACUGCAGUGCACUGACACCGGCUCUCAGGUGUGCAACCUGGCCUGGUCCAAGCACACCAACGAACUGGUCAGCACACAUGGUUAUUCCCAGAACCAGAUCCUGGUGUGGAAGUAUCCCUCCCUCACUCAAGUAGCCAAACUUACAGGACAUUCCUACAGAGUACUUUACCUGGCCAUGUCCCCUGAUGGAGAGGCCAUUGUAACGGGAGCAGGAGAUGAAACACUUCGCUUCUGGAACGUCUUUAGCAAGAUGAGAUCAACUAAGGAGUCGGUGUCGGUGUUAAACCUCUUCACCAGAAUCCGGUAGUCAGCGCACCUCUGCACUACGAGGGAAUAAAGACUGGAAGGGGAAUUUAUCUUUGCAUGUGUCAAGUCUGCGCUGUAAACGGGCCCCUUCUUUUGAGUGUUCGCCUCAGUAGUUGACAAGAGGGCCAGCUCGAUUGGCCUUAGUUAAUUAGCAAAGUUGUAGCCGAAGGUGGGAGGAGCUGGGGACAUGUGCAGCCUGAGUGUCGAGAGCGGAGGUGAUACAUAGAGAAAGUAUUCUACUAACUCCUGAAUGACGGAGCCGCUGCCUCCUCCGACAGACCAGUGAUCUCUGAUGACGAGGAGAACUUUGGGGAGUUUCUCUCCCUGCGUGAUUAUGUUUUGUUUACAGACUGUGUGCAUACCUGCCAAAUAUUGAGUUUGUCAUUUUUGAUUGUCUAUUUAUUUUUCUUUCUUUAUUUUUCUUCCUCUCUUUUUCUUUUUCUCUCUCUCUCUCUCUUUUUUUUUUUUUUUUUUUUUUUUUUUUAAACAUAUUUUUAACAUAUUAUUACUAGUGUGUUUGUUUCGAAGGCUGGUAGGUUUUCUUUUAUGUGUGUAAUUGCAGUUUUUGGUCUGAUCUGUGGAAUACGUCUGGCUAUUUCCCUUUUAAGGGUUAAGGUUUCAGAAAACUUAAAAAGUAAAAUUUUAUUGAGCGGCAAUAAUGUCACAAGUUUAUGCUGUACAUACUGUAAUCCUAUGCCGAUGUGAGAAUUGUUAAUGGUUAAAAAGAACUGGACAAACAGGCCGGCUCUCUUUUUGUUGUUUUAAAGUUGAGCUUAAGUUCAUUUUAGUGUAAAGAUAUAAAGCAUUAUUGGUAAACAUUGUUUCAUAAUCUCUCAAAAAAAAAAAUACAACCAACAGCAUAUGGCACAUCUUAGAAAAUAACAUUUUAAUAUUAAAAUAUCAAUAAUUCUAAAUGUAAUUAACAUUUUCUUUUUGUGUGAAUUUGUGCAGAAGCGUUUCACUCAUCUUGUUUACCCAAAUUCUUAAUAGGAAAAUCAGGCGAAGGGAGAAUUUAAACAAAAA